UUGACAUUUCAGGCCGAACGGGUACUGCGCAUAGGCGGCGAUAAUUAAGCCGAUCGGGAAACUGCCUGCCUAUCAUGGAGCUGCGAUCGAGGCGGCUCAUCGCCUCCGGCGAAGCGCGCCGCCGCGCCAGGCUAGGCUUCACUCCCUCCGAGCCGGACCACAUCAGCGCGCUCCCCGACGAGCUGCUGCUCCUGGUCCUUGCGCGCCUCGGAUGCGUCGCCACCGCCGCGCGCACCAGCGUCCUCGCCCGCCGGUGGCGCGGCCUCUGGACCUGGCUCCUAGAUCUGGCCUUCCCCGACGUCCCGUUCCGCUCCCUCGGUAAGGCGCUCGACGCCCUCGGCCGCAAGGACACGGUCGUCUCCUCCUUCCACAUCCGCGUCGCCGACCAGCCCGGCUCCACCCGCGCAGUCAGCUCGCUGCUGCGGGCCGCCGCGUGGUUCUUGCCGGUUGAUCUCGCCGUCGCCAUCCCAUCGGGCGUCGUGUACCUGCCCCAUCCCGUCGAGCUGCCGUGCUUCGGCUUCGAGCGCACCGCCACGAUCUCCCUCCUGAUGGACAGCAAUCCCGUCGAGCUCCGCCUGCCGACGUCCGCGGCCCUGGCCGCCGCCGACGUUGGCGAGUGCCUGUUCCCCGCACUCACCACGCUCGACCUCUGCGGCUACUACACCCACGACGGCCUCGCCGCCCUUCUCCCCCACUGUCCCCUCCUGCGCGUGCUCCGGUACGCCGUCCGUUACCGCCGGCCCUGUGACGAGGUCGAGGACUACGCCAUCACCGUCAAGUCCCCGACGCUGCGCGAGCUCCUUGUGGAGGAAAGCGGUGUGAAUUAUGUACGCCGCAUCGACAUCGCGACCCCUGCGCUCGAGCAGCUCACCGUGUCCUUCGAGGCCCGCGAGGACCUCACCGUGUCCGUGCAGGCGCCGAUGGCGGAGAAGGUCUCGUGGAGCUGCCGGUAUGGUGGCAGCUGGUUUACAGGGUUUGGUUGUUGGGAAAUUGAGAAGGUGAGCUUAUUCUCGCCGUCACCAUCGCCGGUGCCGACAGCAGAGACACGGCGACCUAAGCUGCUGCACAUUGAUGCUUGCAAAGGACCGGGGAAUGACUGGUUAUUUACAGCCGACGAUUACCCGGCCGAUCACUUGGAGCAAGAGUUAGAGAAGCAUCUGCAGCAGCAGGUUGCCGCCGACUUGUCCGCCAUUGAUUUGGAAGUGCAUCUCACGUCUCUAGGCCACGUCUAUGGAGCAUUCGUGUUGCAUCUCCUCGGGACGCGUCCAGUUCGCACCGCUGCGCGCAGCUUCAAGCUUGCGCUACUCAUGCCUGAACGCAAGGAGGCUGUGGAGGGAUGCAAAACUUUCACCUUGACGGAAGUCCCCCCCCCAUGGAGGGCUGUUAUUGCCAGCCCAGCUGGAGAAACCAAGCUAUCUGCUCGACGGAGCUUGAAGAAGUGGAAAUCGACGGCUUCCGAGGAGACAAUCAUGAGUUCGGUUUCCUGGAGAUGGUGUUCAGAUGUGCGCCGAUGCUUAGAAGAAUGACGGUGAAGCAGUCGACCGAGGUUGCGCCAAGCGAUGAGAAAAUUCACGACGUCUUCAAGGCGCAUCCUUUCGUGGAAUGUGUUUUAUCUCCUUAGUCUGCAUCUGUUUAUCUAUAUGGCUCCUAGCUAUAUAUCUAUCCCCAGGAUGCAACUGUGAUUUAAGUUCUAUUGAGACUGCAUAAACUUAUGUUGUCGAGGCCUCAUUUGUGCAAGGAUUCGGAUGUGACUUGUGAGUUGGUA